AUGGUGACAGGAGGCAGGGUGCGGCUCCUGGAGGUCAAUAGUGGGAGCCCGAUGCAGAGCGGCAGACUCCGCUGGGCCCCAGGUGGCAGGAUGGAUGCUGCAGAGGUGACGGAAGUCUCCGAGGAGAGCUUCGCGCUGUCUGCCAUGGAAGCUGAGUUUGAUGUUGUGGUUGGAUCUCUGGAGGACAUUAUCAUGGAUGCCGAGUUCCAAGAACUGCAGAGAAAUUUCAUGGACAAAUACUACCAGGAGUUUGAAGACUCAGAAGAGAAUAAACUCACCUACACGGUAAUUUUUAAUGAAUACCUUUCACUGAGAGAAAAGUAUAUUGAAGAACAGAUAGUGGAGCAGAUACCCGCAUUCAACACGGCAGCUUUCACAACAACGUUAAAGCAUCAUCAAGAUGAAGUGACUCAUGACAUAUUCAAUGUGCUGCUCACAUUUACGGACUUCCUGGCCUUUAAAGAGAUGUUUCUAGAGUACUGAGCAGAAAACAAAGGCUGAGGACUGGACUUCAGCAGUGGUUUAGUGGUGACUUCCUUGUGCAAAUCACCUGUACCAGCUUCCCAGAACAAUCUGGGGCACUAG